AAUAAAUCUCAAUAUUAUUUUUAUUAUAACAAAAAUCACUACUAGGUUUAAGUCAUUAGAGCCAUUAUCAAGUGUGAAAUAAUGUGAGUGUAUUAUUAUACAAUUGAAAAUGUCUUCAAUGAAUUGAAACUAGUGAUUUGUUGUAAUAAAACAAAGGUACCUAUAUAGGCCCACACUUGGUGAACCAUGAAAAAGCAAUAUUUUUGAAAUCAUGAAUCGAACGAAUUUCGUCGGUCUCCUAUUAACAACUCUUUGCUCGAAUUAUCCACCUCCAAGCAGAUUUACAGUAAAGGAUAAAGACGGCAGUAACAAUUUCACAACUAGAGCUCCAGACACUGGAAACACUACUGGAUUUGAAUGCACGUUGAAAGAUGGUGAUGAAGUCAAAAAAGAUAUUCUGCGAGGAAAACAUCUAAGAAUUGCUACAUUCAAGCGAGAUUGGCCCCUUAGUUAUGUCGAAAAAGACAAGAAUGGAGUGUUAAAAGGCAGCGGAAUUGCAUUUCAAAUAAUUGAAACACUGAGAAAACAGUACGGAUUCACUUAUUCCAUUGUGCUGCCCAACAAAGAUAUACUUGGCGAUGAGAAGUCUGGAAUACUGGAGUUGCUGCAUAAUAGGAAAGUUGAGAUGGCAGCUGCGUUUCUGCCAGUUCUUCAUGGCAGAUACGACAGUCUAAGCUGGGGCACUGAGCUCAUUCAAAACCAAUACUACGUGCUUAUGAAGCGACCUAAGGAAUCUGCCACCGGAUCAGGACUAUUGGCUCCUUUUGAGGACGAGGUUUGGCAACUGAUCCUGGUUUCGUUGCUACUGGUGGGUCCCACUAUGUACGGCAUUAUUAAACUGAGAGACAAGCUCUGUGGAGGAAACCACAGUCGCUCUUUCUCACUCUCCAGCUGUGCUUGGUUCGUGUACGGUGCACUGAUGAAGCAAGGCUCCACACUCAAUCCUGCCACAGAUUCAUCCAGAGUUCUUUUUGCUACGUGGUGGAUUUUCAUAAUGAUUUUGACCGCAUUCUAUACGGCCAAUCUGACAGCGUUUCUCACGCUAUCCAAGUUUACACUUCCGAUCCAGAAUAUAGAAGACAUUGCUCGACUCUCCUAUCACUGGUUCACUAGAGACGGAGGCAUACUCGAAUUCGCUAUAAAGGUAGAAACCGAUCUGAAUGUGCUAAGAUACUCAGCAAGCCGAGGAUACGGACAUUUUGUGAAUGUCAGAAAUCAGGAUCAAGUAAAAAACCUGAUUGCGAAAGAUUGGCUGUACCUUGAAGAGAAGCGGGAACUGAUGUAUUUCAUGAUGACCGAUUAUAUAAACAAGACAAUGAAGCAGGUGUUGGAGAAAGACAGAUGUACCUAUGUGUUGACAGCCGACAGCUAUCUCACUCGCUCCACAGCGUUCGCAUAUCCCAAGCACAGCAUUCUGCCAGCGCUUUUCAACAGGGUGAUGUUAUCGUACGUGGAGUCAGGCAUAAUCAAUCACUUGGCAGCCUUCAACUCGCUGUCGGACACGCAGAUCUGCCCCCUCAAUCUGCACAACAAAGAACGCCAGUUGAGGAACACCGACCUCUUGACGACCUACUAUGCGGUCAUGUCGGGUUUCCUGACCGCUGCGGUCGUUCUAGUCUGCGAAAUCAUCUGGAGAAAACUGGCCGGCAGCCGCGGAAGUUCAGCGGGAAAGUCGUGGAAAAUCGAGGAAAUCUUUGAUCUGGGGGUGAAAAAGCGGCCCCGUUUUGCAGUAUGGCGUCGAGCGUUCGCUGGCCUGCUGAAGGAUGCCGAGAAGAGAGAGGUCAACGGAAGGGAGUAUUAUGUGGUGAAGACUAGACAAGGAGAGAAGAGGUUGAUACCGGUUAGGCCUCUGUCCUCGUUUCUCUUCCAAAAAAGAUAGAGAGAAGAAGGAGAAGGAGAAAGUGGAGAUGAAAACGAAGGAAGAGAAGGU